AUGGGUGAUGGUUUAUUGAGAGAUGCCACGUACAAAUUUCCUGAAGUAAUCGAAGAUAUAAGAGGAUUUGUUGAUUCUUCCGAAGAUUUCGAAUUAGAGAUUCUAAGGAUAACUUAUGAUGACUUGAUUCAUAUGAUUGGAAAAGGCUUUACAAUAAAGUCAGUCGAUUGGUUGAUGGUCGAAUUGGACGAUGUAGAUCUUGCUUUUAUAUCUCGGUAUAAAGUCAAAGAUUUAGUGUGUAAAAUUUCGAAGCCCUGCCUUGAACCAGAAGCCAUUAGUAGAGUAAACAUACCUGCAAGUUUUGAGAUUCGACCACCUUUCAAUGACUACACAUAUCUUCCUCAAAACCUCACUUCCCUUAGUUUGUUUUCAUCAUGGUUGGACGACGAUCUAGAUAUGAGGUGGUUAAGAAAUUUGGAGACACUAUUAUUCCGAAUUUACCAGAAAUUGACAAAUCAAAAAAUCUUCCUUCCCGAAAAUCUAGAAAUGCUAGACUUAGCCGUCUUAGACCCUCUGUCUAAGUUUUCCAUUGAUUGCCUACCCUCUAACUUACAAUCUUUGAGAUUACAUCAAGUUGAAAUACCUCCUUGUUUUCAACUUCCCCUAUCACUUUCGGACAUUUUUUUGCUGCUGACCAGAGUUGACUGCAAGUAUCCUGAGGGAUUGGAGGCAGCGGAAUUUUCCUGUGAUGCCAAUGCAGAAGAUUAUGGUGCAUUUCCAACAUCUUUAAGACGUCUCGUGAUCAAUGACCAACUCAUCAGAUUACCUGAUAUCAGUAAUCUUGUGAAUUUGGAAACUUUUGAGGCCGGUUAUAGAAAGAUGAACGAAGGUUCUCUUGGAUCAGAGCCGAUUAUUGUGCUUCCUGAGAACGUUAUGUACUUACGAACCUUUAACGAUAAUCAUUGUUUCAAAUUCAAUAAGCAUUUGAAACAUAUGAAAAUGUAUCUCGGAAGGAACUCAAAAACCAUGUCCAUGAACUCAUUCCCUGAGGGUCUAGAGGCACUUGAAUUGGAAGUAUUUGAUCCCGAAAUCUUGGAAAACUUACCAUCGACAAUCAAAGUUCUCUCAGUUGACCGAGGAGUUCCUUUAUCAGACAGAAAAUUAAGACUUCCCCCAUCAUUGGAUCUUCUUGAAAUUAAACUGUGUGGAAUUGAAACCAUAAUCUUCAAUAAGGGGUUGAGAUACCUUCAUCUCAAACAAUGCGACAUUCCCCAAGGGUUCGUUGACCAAGUACCCAAAUAUUUGGUGACAUUUGCAAUGAUAGACUGCAGAUGUGAUAAGGGAAUGGAUCUCAGUGGAUUCAGAUUUAAACACAUGAAAUUCUAUGAUUGCCUGGUAGAAGAACAAAUAAUUUUACCUUCAACCUUGAAAACCCUAGAUAUCCAAGAUAUGGGAGUUCCGGAAGUGUAUGAAGGUUUGGAUUUUACCUUUGUAGGCCCAUUUGGUUUAUAUGGAGAAAACAUUGAAACCCCAAGAAUCUACAUGUAG